UUCGGACUAAAGCCAACCCACAUCGGCACCCUACAAUUUCUGCUCUCCGCAUGCAGAGGUAGGGAACCCCAUUGCUGCUCCCCGCACUGUAGGAUGUUGCUGAAACACAAGUCACCUCACUGUUAAGACAAAAGUUUGACAAACCGCAAAGCUCAACGAUGAGGGACCGACUGAGCAACAUGCAGCAGUUGUCCACUAAUUACGUGGAGCCGAUGGAGUACGCCGAUUCGGGCACGUCGGACACCCUGAGUAAUGUGGACCUGGAGGAUGAGCUUCCCCAUGAGGCAGUUGUGUUCGACAACAGCCCCGCUUUAUCUAAGAUUUUUGAGCAGGCGCAGGACAUCCACAAAGACAUCCAGCUCAUUCGUCUGGAGGUGAAAAGGCUCCGGGAGCAGAACUCUCGCAUGUUCCAAGGUGUAACCACCAUGAGCACUAUCAAAAAGGACGCGAACGCCAUCGGCGCUGAUAUUAAAACAAGGGCCGAGCGCGUGUUGUCGAACCUGCGGAACAUGGACAACACGGCCUACAAGCUAGAAGAAGUGCACGGCCCCAAUUCUGCAAUCACGCGCAUUGCCCGAACCCAAUACGCCUGCCUUAGCAAUGGUUUCCGUGACGCCAUGUUUGACUAUAACGAGGCCGAAAUGAGUCACCGAGACAACUGUAAAGCGCAAAUCCAAAGGCAGAUGGAGAUUGUAGGGCGGGAGGUGACAGGCGAGGAGGUUGAGGAGAUGAUAGAGAAAGGGCACUGGAACACCUUCACCGACAACAUCAUGGCGGAAGGCAAGACAGCUCGCACGGCUCUGUCCCAGAUCGAGAAGCGCCACCAAGAGCUGGUGGACCUGGAGAACCGCAUCAAGGGCGUUCACGAGAUCUUCCUGGAUGUCGCUCUGCUGGUGGAGGACCAGGGUCCCAUGCUGAACUCCAUCCAGACCAACGUUCAGAAAACGGACGAAGUCUUGCAGGAAUCGCUGGUCAAACUCGGCAAGGCCAAACGUCAUGACAGGAGCAAUCCAUUUAGACAGAUGUUUUGUAGUUGCUUCCCAUGCUUUAACUAGCUCGAGGCAUGAAAGCACAUUGAUUGUACAGGAAAUGUUCCAGGGACCACCUGCAAUAGAUGAUAAUCCGCUUUACAGAUUGGCGGGGUGGUGUAUAAGGCUAGGUUCAUACUACAGGUCUUAAUGCACAAAUCCUAUUUUUUGUCAUAUCUGUUUUUUGGCGUGUCCGUUCAGACUGUCUUUGUCAAUUUAGCCCGUUCAAGUAUCACGCAUCCGCACUAAUUCGCAGUCCGAGAUGCGCUCAGCAAAGUGACCCACAUGCGCGAAAGAAUCAAAACAAAUUUCACAUGCUAGCUGUUUGUCAUUACAGGGUGAUCAUAUUUUGAAUUCCAAAAAGAGGACACAAAUAACAGACACUAAUAAUCCCUGUUUAGUUUUAUUUUUAAAGUUUAUAUGGACUGAUAGAACGCAUGCACGCACACACAUAAGCCUUGAUGUGUGUGCGUGAAAUGACGUGGGUGCGUCAGUUUGCUCUGACUGCCAUGUGUGCAAUAAUGAAAUAUUGCUCAUUCGGCACACAGAAUGAAAAUCGAAAAAUGUCAGGAUUAUCCUUUUCUUCAUUUUAUUUUUUUAUGACUGUGGUCAAGCCCACUUCGUGCUUAAAAGCAGAGUUCAAGCUAGGCGCUAAUGCCUGCAUCGCUGCCGUCCUCCGUGCCUCUUGCUCUUUGCUGACGUACUGUACUUGCUGCAUGAAUUCUGAUUUGGGACUCUUGACAGUUCGGACCGCUAGCCACAUUCUGGAAAAAUGAUCGGAUCAGAUCGGAUUUGAACCACAUACGAAAGUGACUCAGAUCGGAUUUGAAAUGGUCCACUUCUAUGUGAGUUGUCACGUUCAGACCGUCACGUUAAUGCCACACUCGAGUCGGAAAAACACGAAAAAAAAUCUGAUUCGUGCAUUAAGACCUGUAGUAUGAACCUAGCCUUAAGUUUCUGAGUGUUUUAAAGUUCUGUUAGCAGUCAAUACUGUACUUCAGAAUUUCAACUACAGGAUUAAUCAAGUAUAUUUUACCAAACAAAUCAAUCAAUCAACUCCUUUCCUACAUGUGAGAGCAGUACAAUAAGUAAAUGUACUCCAAACCCCCCCAAAAUCCAAUCAACCAGAGGUGUCCAAACUAUUCCACAAAUGGCCGCAUUAACAUGGGUCCAAACCCAUUAAGAGGACACCUUUUCACCAACCUGGUGUUUUACAAGUGUAAUCGGUUGAUUUGAUUUUAAUAUGUUUAAGCAGGAACUUCAUUGGUUAAAGCCAGGGGUGCCCAAGUCCGGUCCGUCGAGAAUCCCUAUCCAGCUUGUUUUCCAUGUGUCCCUCCUCGAACACACCUGAUCAAAUAAUCAGGAUCGUGAUCAGGCUCCUGCAGAGCUUGCUGAUCAUUUGAUUCAGGUGUGUUAAAGGAGGGAGACAUGGAAAACAAGCUGGAUAGGGGCUUUCGAGGACCAGACUCGGGCACUCCUAGGUAACCUGUCUGUGCUCGAUUGGUAGGAACAUAAAAACAGGACCCACAUCGACCCUUGAGAACUGGUUUGGGCACCUAUGCAAUGGACUGUUACAUCCUGCUAAUGCUAAUUGCUCUUAUGGUGUCGAGAAACUUCUACACACAUUGAUAUCACCACGACAUAAAAAACGACUCAUUUCCUUAACAUUUUUAUUGUUAAAAACAAGUUAAACACUCAACAACUCAACCAGUUGCUCCUCAAUUUGUACGACAAGCUUCCUCAUUUAAUCUUUGUGGAUAUGCUAAAUCUCUAUUGAUUGGCACGCGAUCCUUGAUAUUGACCAAAGAUCGGCCCUGUUUUCAGAACAACCCUUCAGACAAAUGAAAAAUCCCUGUUAAUCCACAUUAUACUGUAGAUUAAUCAGGAUAAUUUUUCAGACAUCCUACAAUCCGUCAUUUUAGUGUUUCCAUAAUAGGAAACUGGAGCUUACUAAUUAAACGCUGGGCUAAAAAUACUUGAGUGAUUGUGUUCAGACAUUUUUAUGAACGUGACAAGUACCUGAAACCAGGAAGCGAAAAGGCAUUUCUAUGUAAGUCAUGAUAAUACCGCAACCUCAUGUUCUCAUGAGUUUGUGUGAACAUGUUGUAUAUCUCUUGACUUGUAAAACAUGUUUCCAAGAAAACAAAUCUCAUACAUAUACUGUACCACCAUUAAAUUGACUUAGCAUUACAUCCCUACCCGAUUAAAAGCAUGUAUCCACAUCAGUUUUUGUAUUAAAAAUGCAUGUCAAUUUACUGUCAUUCUUGAUCUUUUUUGUGUAAAUGCACUGUAAAAAUGUUUUUGUAGUUGGCACUAGAUUGAAGAAAAUUGUUUACAAUGUGCAUUAUGAUGUCUUUUAUCCCAAUUGACAAUUAAAUUAUUGCUGCCUGAUGAUCACAAACUUUGUUUUUACUCUAAACUGCACAAAAUUUUAACGUUGUUACGUGUCAUAGCAAUGGA